AUGAUCACUUUCGUCGGUAACCAGAGCGAGGGCUUUUAUAUCAGCAACGGGAGCAAGUCGAGGUGGCAGAAUUGUCCCUCCGAGCUCGCUACCCACCUUCGUAGUGUGAACACUAGCCAGGUGCGGGGACUAGCCGGUGGCCCAGGGGGCAAGUAUUGGCUGCGCACCUCUCAGGGGACUUAUACUAAUGGGACAGCCAGUGGAAUUCCGACCUCUGACAUCAGAAUCUACGCAUUUGGUGGGAAGGGCGACUGGUUCUCCAAGUCAUCUGCCGGGGGCACUAAGUGGGGCAGCGUUGACCAGACUCUUCGCGAUAAAAUCGAUGAAGUGGGGUCACGCAAUAUCAAGACGCUCUCGAUCGGUACGAACGGCAGUUGGGCCAUGACUUGGGGUAACAAUCGUUGGUCCUGGCAUGGCUGUCCGAGUCGACUCGGCGAUAAGCUUAGAGCAGCAAGCUCGGUAGAGAAUAUCGUGUUGAGUCCUUUCAAUUCCGACCACUGGUGGGUUGAGUAUGGUAACGGAAAUAGCGAUUUCUGGUUGCCCAAGUCGUGGAAGGACGACCUUGAUCACGUUCGUCAUUGA